GAUACGUGCAAGGGAAAAUCGCGCGGCACUCGAGUUACGAGAACGGAUUCACGCGAGGGAAGAUUCACGCGACCGAGAGGAGCCGAUUUUCCGCCAAAGUGGAGCGAUUUUUCGAACGGUAGCGGAAACAAAACUGAGAGGGGCACACUCCGGCAUCAUGAACAUCGAUGAGUUCCGCGUGCGCGGUAAGGAAAUGAUCGAGUACAUCUGCGAGUACAUACGCACGUUGGAGGGCAAGAGGGUGACGGCUGGCGUCGAUCCCGGCUACCUGAGGCCCCUGCUGCCCAAAGAGGCGCCGGUCAAGCCGGAAUCGUGGGACGCCAUCAUGAGGGACGUCGACGGCAAAAUAAUGCCCGGAAUCACUCACUGGCAGCAUCCGCGAUUCCCACGCCUACUUCCCGUCCGGGACUCGUUCCCGUCAUCCCUGGGCGACCUGCUGUCGGACGCGAUCGGCUGCAUCGGUUUCUCGUGGGCGGCCAGCCCGGCCUGCACCGAGCUGGAAACCAUCGUCCUGGAUUGGUACGCGAAGGCGAUCGACCUGCCGGCUGAGUUCCUGUCGGAGCUGAAGAGCGGCGGCGGCGUGAUUCAGGGCUCGGCGUCCGAGUGUAUCCUGGUUACGAUGCUAGCGGCGCGCACGCAGGCGAUCAAGACGCUGAAGGAGCAGGAGCCGAACAAGGAAGACUCGGCGUUCUUGCCGCGAUUGGUGGCCUACUGCUCCACCGAGUCGCAUUCGUGCGUGGAGAAAGCGGCGAUGAUCAGUCUGGUGAAGCUGCGGGUGCUCGAGCCGGAUGACAAGGCCUCUCUGCGCGGCAAGCGACUCGAAAUCGCCAUUCGGGAGGACGUGGCGAACGGCCUGGUGCCGUUCUACGUAUCCACCACUUUAGGCACAACCGGCUCCUGCGCCUUCGACAACCUCGUGGAGAUCGGGCCGGUGUGCAAGCUGCAUCCCAACAUCUGGCUGCACGUGGACGGCGCUUACGCCGGCAACGCCUUCAUCUGCCCGGAGAUGCGGCCGUUCAUGGCCGGUAUCGAGCAUGCCGAUUCCUUCAAUACAAAUCCCAACAAGUGGCUGCUGGUGAACUUCGACUGCUCCUGUCUGUGGGUGCGUAAUCGCGUGAAGCUCACGUCGGCGCUGAUCGUUGAUCCGCUUUACCUUCAGCACGCCCGUUCGGGCGAGUCGAUCGACUACCGUCACUGGGGCAUCCCGCUCAGCCGGCGAUUCCGCGCGCUCAAACUCUGGUUUGUCCUGAGAUCGUACGGCAUCAGUGGUUUGCAAAAGUAUAUCAGAAAUCACAUCAGGCUAGCGAAGCGGUUCGAGGCGCUCAUGAAAAAGGAUAGGCGCUUCGAGAUCUUGAACGACGUGCGAGUCGGCCUCGUGUGCUUCCGGCUGAAGGAAAGCGAGGAGAUGAAUCAAGAGCUGCUGGCGAACAUCAAUGCGUCCGGUCGGCUGCACAUGAUACCGGCGCGCGUGAUGGGCAAGUACAUCUUGCGCUUCUGUGUGACGAAGGAGGAUGCGACCGAGGAGGACAUUGAUUAUGCCAUAAACGUGAUCGAGGAGCACGCGACGGAGGUGAUGCUGGCACAUUACGAGGGCACGGAGGACGAGUAUCGGGCGAAGGGUCCGAAGAGCCCGGCCGCAUUGGACAAAAAGCUCGUCCGCAAGUUCAGCUUCACUCGCAGCGUCACCAGAGACGCUUACAAGAGAUCCAUUUCCAAGUCCAGUCUGCACGACGGCGCGACGCCCAUCAUGGUCGUCGACGAUAAUUCACAGGUCGACACCAUCGACGACGAUCGUUACGGCAGAUCGUGACGAUGUCGAUGACGGUCCCCGGCGCCGACUCGGGACGACGUAGAUGAUAAUAAUAAAAAGGGCCCUCGCUACACGGCCGUGUGAUGCGGAAUUCCGACGGCCCGCCGUCGUCAAUUUACUGAUUCCCGAGGUCGGAUUGUCGAUAAAGACCGGCUAUCACCGAUGACAUCGUUACGUAAGUGUUUAGCCAAGUCAUUCGUUUCCGAUCAAGUUUGUUGGAAGCCAUUCGAGACGAUCGCUCGACCGUGCACGGUGAUUAUCAGCCGUAUAUAUUCUCUCGAGCGCGAUUCUUCAUGGCUACAAACUGUGUGUUAAUGGCAAUAUCAAGCCAAAUUUUGUAAUGAAGUGUGAGAUUCCUAAACGCAUUUUAAACGGUCUGUAAUUCGUGACAGAAUCCAAUUUAAUUGAUAAAAUGACUAAUUAUGAAAUUUACAUAGUCCAGUUAUGGU